CCACCAGGGGGAAAAAAAAAAGCAAAGGUUGAAGGUUGAAACAUCGUCGAGUGUUAAGGCCUCCUGCAAAGAGUCAACUGACCGCAAUUUAUUUCUCUCCGCACUUCACUUCUUCAGCUUCCCGUCCAUAGAAUGUUGUUGUGACGUUAAUUACAUCUUUUCUUUGCCAACCGUAUUGUCUCUCACCGCGUCGAUAUCCGCCUAUGCUAAAGCUUCAAUCGCGUUCGAUCUCCCUCGAUUUUGGACCGACCAUUAGCAAUGGCGGGCUCCAGUGGUCUGUGAUCGUGGGUUGGGGGUGUCUGAUCUGGUAUACAACCGUGGUCUUAGUUUGCUAUCUGGGAUACUUUCAAAUAUGGCGAUACUUUCUCCAAAGACCCCGGAAAUCCCACUCCGCGACUGCCUCCGACGCUCCCCAUGUUACUGCAAUCCGACCCGUCAAAGGUCUCGAGCCGAAUCUGUAUGAUUGUCUGGCCUCGACCUUCCGUCAGGACUACCCUGCCGAUAAACUGACCGUCUAUUUUUGUGUCGCAUCUCGAAACGAUCCUGGCUACCCAACUCUGGAAAAGCUUGUGUCCGAUUUUCCACACGCCGGUGCACGCAUCUUCAUCGAGGAAGAGGAUCCUUUGCUCCAGCCAAACGGAGAACGUAUCUACGAUCUGGGACCAAAUCCGAAGAUUCGGAACAUGAGCCGGGCUUAUAGAGAGGCCAAGGGUGAUAUUGUCUGGAUCAUAGAUUGCAAUGUUUGGGUAGGUAAAGGCGUCUGUGGGAGGAUGGUUGACCGGCUUUGCGGAUUUGGUGCUACUUCGGGCAAAAAGUACAAAUUUGUGCAUCACUUGCCGCUUGUAGUGGACGUCACUAGCGGUGCCAAUUCGACAGAGGAGCAAGAUGCACUUGUAGAGUCGUAUACCAACGGCGAUGCAGAUUCCAACAGCGAUGUGUCCUCGGCACAGAUUAUCACCAAACGCGAACAGGGCACUCUUGCGACAGGUGGAGGCCGCUUAGAAGAAUUGUUCCUUUCGUCUUCUCAUGCAAAAAUGUACACCGCAAUCAACACAGUUCUCAUCGCACCUUGUAUCGUGGGCAAAUCCAACAUGUUCCGGCGGUCGCACCUCGACUAUCUCACAAUGCCGUCCCCUACCGAUCCCAAGAAGCGCAACCCUGGUAUCGAUUACUUUUCAGACAAUAUCUGUGAGGAUCAUCUGAUUGGGGACCUACUGUGGAAGAAUCGCGUCCGCGAGGAGAAAGAGAAAGGCGAGCGGUUUGGCAAGCAUAGCAUGGUCUUCGGAGAUCUGGCGAUCCAGCCUGUGGGAAACAUGAGCGUUGGGGAUUACAUCGCACGCCGGGUUCGUUGGCUACGUGUCCGCAAGUUCACCGUUCUCCUAGCGACCUUAGUCGAGCCGGGCACGGAGUCCUUACUGUGCUCAUGUUACGGCGCCUGGGGAGUGACCACGUCCUUGGCCCAAUUCCUACAGGAAAAAGGGUUCUGCUGUGCAACUUAUAUGACCACAUGGACUGCCUUCUUCGCGUUUUUCUUCCUCAGCCUGGCCGUCUGGAUACUGACCGAUUGGACGCUGUAUAUCAAGUUGCAUUCCGCCAAAUCUGUUGAGCUCGAUGAGGACACGCCACCCUUUGCACGGCCUCCGUCUCGCUGUUUAACUAGACGAACUUUCCUUCAGUGGUUCUCGGCGUGGCUUGGACGCGAGUGCUUAGCCCUCCCCAUAUGGAUCUGGGCCUUCUACGGUGGCGUAACCGUUACUUGGCGCAGCCGUCGAUUCCGAGUCGGACUAGACAUGAAAGUUCGAGAAAUUGGUAGUGAAAAGACGCCCAAGCCUAACUCUAAACAGGCCCCAGGUAGUCAAGGGAAUUGAAAGUUAGACAGGAUGGGAUGCGGCACGCCGAAGCAACGAGGGACGAAUGUACGACUUAUCACUAGAUGAAAUGGUAAAAAAAAUAAAAAAAACUUUUCUAUCCAAUUCCCACACAUCUAUAAAAAAAAAAUAAAAUAAAAGCCAUAAAAGCGUAAAUCAUUGCGUCGAUCCCUCCGCAGCAGCAGGAGCAUUCUCCCCAGCACCGGUCUCCAAUUCACCACCCUUCUCCGAACUCAACAACCACUCCACAACCUGUCUCCCCUUAGACAUCUUCCCAGCAUCGCCUUCACCCUCCUGUGCCUCAGCCCCUACUUCAACUUCAACCUCAUCCUGCUCCUGCUCCUCACCCUGCUCCUCAGUAGUCCAAUCAGCCCUCUCAGCGAGGAAAACAGCAUCUAAGCCAGCAUCAUUCUUAAUGGAGAUAUCAGCACCAGCCCCGACAAGCGCCUUCACGCACUCCAAAUGCGUGUUCAGCGCCGCCCAGUGCAACGCCGUGUUACCCGAGUGAUUACGAUGGUUAACAACAGCCGCCACCUGAGCCUGAUCCAGCUGAGUCUCACCCUGAGUGAGAACUCCCAGGAGGAAGUUCAAGAUGUCUAAAUACCCAAUUAGCCUUUCCCUUUCCAAUACCACACAUCCAACUCCCUUACACCUUCUCCCAAA